AUGUCGUACCGGAUCGGUCAGCUGUACAUGAUCAGUAAACACAGCCAUGAGCAAAGUGACCGGGGAGAGGGGGUGGAGGUGGUGCAGAAUGAGCCCUUUGAGGAUCCAGUGCACGGCCAAGGACAGUUCACAGAGAAACGGGUCUACCUCAACAGUAAAUUACCCAGCUGGGCUCGAGCCGUGGUGCCCAAAAUCUUCUACGUGACGGAGAAAGCCUGGAACUAUUACCCUUACACCAUCACAGAAUACACUUGUUCAUUUUUACCCAAGUUUUCCAUCCACAUAGAGACCAAAUAUGAAGACAACAAAGGCAGCAAUGACCAUAUUUUCGACACAGAGUUAAAGGACCAAGAAAGGGAGAUAUGUUUUGUUGACAUUGCAUAUGAUGAGAUCCCAGAACGUUACUACAAAGAAUCAGAGGAUUUGCGAUACUUCAGAUCAGAGAAGACGUCACGAGGGAUGCUUCAGGAGGGCUGGAAAGACACUCAGGAACCCAUCAUGUGUUCAUAUAAACUGGUCACUGUCAAGUUUGAAGUGUGGGGUCUGCAGACACGAGUGGAGCAGUUUGUGCACAAGGUGGUAAGGGAUGUGCUGCUCCUGGGUCACAGACAGGCCUUUGCGUGGGUGGAUGAAUGGAUUGACAUGACAAUGGAUGAGGUCCGAGAGUUUGAGCGCACCAUCCAGGAAGCCACAAACCAGAAAAUUGGGAUGUUUCCACCAUCCAUCUCCAUCAGUGAGACUCCUCUGUCGUCCUGCGCUCUGACCGGCCCGGCCAGCGCCCCUUCAACCCCCAUGUGCACGGACGCCCCUGAGUCCCUCUCUGUGCCCAAGGAUCGGCCACGCAAGAAAUCUGCUCCAGAAACCCUGACCCUGCCUGACCCUGUCCCGUCUGGUGUCCUUCAGGGCUCUGCUCCGGACCCCAACUCAAUGUCAAACCACGUCCAGUCCUCCACACCUCCGUCCUCCAGCAGUGAGCUGGCUGAAAUCGCAGAAUAAAAGACUGAAGUCUCUUUAUCAUUAAUUACUCUUCUGUAGCUCCAUGAGACCAACUUUCCCACACCAGUGCCCAAACACCUUUACUUUGAUUUGUAUCAGUCCAGAACCACUUCAAACGUUUUCAUCUGUGUCAUUGAAUCCAUUGAAAUCUGUUAAUCUAGCCACCGUGGUGUGGCUGCCUUCCAGUGUAUGUUUGAGUCCAGCUUACCAUUUUUAUUGUUACAUCCCCUUCUGAGCUAUUAAUACAUAUUAAUAGCUUUUAAACUAUGAAGUAGUUGCCUUAUUGCCACAGAGACAGUGGUACUCUUAUUAUUAACACAUUUGCUGACAAUGUGCCCAAAACUAUGACUGUUAAGCAUGGUCCCUUUUCAGUCAGUAGUUAUUAUAUGAAGACUGUGUUGAAAUUGGUGAUACUGAAUAGAAUAGGAUGGUAGUAAAGUACAGUAGUGUUAGAUCAAUUAUUGGAAAAUACAGCCAAGUAACCUGCUAUUUUUGCCAUUUAAACAGGGCGACUGUUCAGAUUGCGAUUUUGGAUCUGAAUCAGUGACAUAAAAGGAUGCAAUAUUAUUACAAUCCUUAAGAAAUCCUCAGGUAUCCCCAACUAUCUGUCUUAUGUUUGAAAAGGCACGGAUACAGGUGUAUCUUUUGCAUUUUAUACCUCGACAGUUAAUUCAGUUCAGUGAAAGCACUAGUCAAAUUAACUUUUAAUGCUUCUACAUCAGAAAAGUUGAAAUAUUAGUUUUAUCAGCAUUAACACACUUGUGAUGUUAAGCUUCAGGUUUGGUUAUAGCAUGGCCGUUCAAUAGGUUGUGUUCAUGAACUUUAAUUUUAUAUUGUCAUAAUUUUAGAGGGACUUUAUAACUCUAUGUAAGAUUCAUUGAUUUUGCAAGAAAUAUCCAAAUUUAGGAUCUACAAUGUUGACACUUGAAUCACUAUUUGCCAUAUUAACCUUACAACUUAGUCCUUUCAACUGACAAUAAUAACUUGUUUGUUGCUGAACAAUGGCACCACUUUCUAAAGCUAUUAUGUAAAUAUUAUUUCUCUUUUAUUGAUGUGCAUUUAUGCUGACAAAAGAUGAACUUUAUGCUUUUGGUUUAUUUGUUUCAUGUGGAUAGGCUCUGUGAUUAGAGAUACCAUCCAUGAACAAAGUCAGCAAAUCUGCUGUCAAACAUUUUAACAGCAAAUUCCAUCAUAAAACUCUGACCUGCCUCCAGCUCAGUUUUGUUAAACCAUAGGCUCUAGAACACAACCUAUUAGUGAAGACUGAUGUUUUAUACAGUGUUUCCUGAACUGAAUACUGGGCAAGUAUUAUUUGAUGUCAUUGUACAAAAUUUAAGAAUUGCCUAAAUGAUCACAAACAGGUGCACGGGCAUUCUGGGGUGCUUUGUCUUUAGCAAAGUUAAGGAUGGGUACUUGAAUUUCAGAGGCAGAUAUUCUGACGUUCACUUUGACAAUUCUUCAGUGGCCACAAACUGACUUAAACAGUAUGUUUAUUUACAGUAACCAUAUAUGUAAUAUUGGGAAAACAAUCUUUUAACAAUAGUGUUGCAUGGAAUCCUUAUCAAAUGUAUAUUCCAUGUUAGUUGUGUAUAUAUUGUAAAAUGGAUGGACUGGUACAGUAUUUAGUGCAACAGUAUGAACAAGUGAAUGCCAACUUUGAAGGUUCUUUAUAAAUUUUGUCUAUAGCCUGAUAGGAAAGUGAACUGAACUGUAAGCAUGCCCAGAGAAUAUACUGUAACCUUAGGCCUACAAACUCAACUCAGUGCCUCUGCAUGCAACUGUAUUAUAACAUCCACAUAGGAAAACCAAAUCAGUUUUAGUGAAGAAACUGGAAAUUCCAAUGCAUUUAGUUCACCAUUUCAUUGAUUAUUACCAAAAUAUUCCUCAAAUCAAUCAUAUCAAAUAUUAUCAUCAGGCUGUCAAACAACAGGGCUAACCUUUAUUAUUUCAGUUAGUGUAAACAUGAGUUCCUCCCGUUUUUAAGUUAACAAAUGCAUUUUGCACUUUUUCCACUUGUUUCCAGACACCUUAUUUGACAAUGAAGGAAUGUGUUACUUACAGUUCUGUUGGACCAGCGUCCUGUGUCAGCUCAUAGAGUUUUAAGGAGUCUCGCCAUAAAAAAUACUCUCCACAUUUUGUACAGUUUCUCACAUGCUUUCGCUUAACAAAACGGUAGCUUUUUAUCUGUAACUGUAGCUUUUUUCAUUACCUUAAAAUAUGUAUUAUUGAUUAAUGGCCCCUAUACACCACUCAGGCAAAACAUUAUAACCACUGACAGGUGACACUGAUCACAUUUCCAUGACUGCACCUGUAUUUUCCAAGCAGCUCAUGGAGUAUUUCAUCAGGAAAGCUAAGGCUCUCUAACUCUCUCACAAUUGGCAAAAUGCUGUAUUAUUAGUAUUGGUAUAUUUACGUCUACAAAUAUCCAAGUUCAGGGACUGCAUUAAACAUACAAGUGUAAAAUGUAUCCCAAAUCUUACAGACAAGUGGUAGAUUACCUUGCAUGACCUCAUUCUGUAUUUGCAGUAUAGGUGGUUAUAAUGUUACAUAUAUAGGCUGCUAUAUUACCUUAAAGCUUGACUGAAGUACAGACAAUUUCUGUUGUCAGGAACACAGAAUCACUCACACAUGGGCCAUUAACGUUCAUGCAAAUUAUCCAGUUGUGUAAGAUUGAAGCUCUGCUCUGUUUAAAAGAGUAACACAUGGGGUAUUGUAUAUAUUGUUAAUGAUAACUUUAGUAGGUUUCUUACUAUGAAACUUGUUGCAUAGCUGUGACAUGAAUGUGUGCAAGAAAAGAAGGAACUUAUUUGGAGAAUAUUUGAUUCUUGGUGUAGAAUGAAGUGUCUGUAUCUAUGAAGUUUGGCUCGACUCAAACCUCUUCUCAUCGUAGUGAUGCACUUUGACGCUGGUGACAUUGCAGGGCAAAAUCCUUAGUAUUAAUUGUGUUUCUGAAAGUUUUCUUUACAGUGAAGUGACAGUUUUCAGUGUUUACUGGUUAAUUAGAAACAAUCAGGUUUUUAAAUUCCUAUUUUGUAGUUUUGAUUAUGUAAUUGCUUGUCUUGUUAAAUUGAUCAUUUGAUCUUAUUUUUUUUCCAAUGAAAGGACCAAGAUUUGAUUUGACAGUGCCCCUUAUCUUCCCACAGCUGUUGCUUUGCUGGAUCUUGUUGUGUAAAAGUCUGCUUGGUUCUCUGAAGUGCCAUUCUUGUUGGCUGCUGGAAGUUGUUCUGAGUUCUUCCACAGAUUAUUGGUUAUAUUUUUACUGCCCUUCUGUUGUUUAUGGUUCUUAUGUUUUUGGAAAUGGAUAAAUAAAAAUUUAUUAGGUAUUCCAUCA